AUGGCAAAUUCAGGUGCAGGGAAGGCGUUGAACCUGAAAGUCUCAAAUGGGGAAGAUGACCAGUGCCACAGAACUGAAGAAAUGGUCGACAACAACGACACUAAGCCAUGCUGCUCCAGACCAAACACAACUGCUACUGCUACUGCCACUGUAAUUCCACCAAGGAGGAGAUGGUAUCGCUCUGUUCCUGUUGUCUUCGCUGCACAGUCCAAUUUCUUAAAAGUUGUACAAACAGUUUGGAAGGUUGGGAGAGAUGGAAUUGAGGCAGGAACCAAUCUUGUGCCGGAUUCUGUGCCAAGAUCAAUUGCAAGGGUUUCUGUGACAGUAGUUGCAUUGGCUCUUUCACUCUUUGUACUCAAGUUUUCUUUGUGCGGGCUACAAUGGGACUUGUUUGCUUUUCAUUUAUAGCUUUGAAUAAGGAUGAAGGACCAAGGGGGCUGGAGGCACCACCUCUACACCGAAGGAGGAGGGGAUGUAGGACAGUCUAGAAGAAGCCAGAAGAAUCAUGGAGAAGUAUAAGUAACAUCCUCACUGGUAGGGCUCAACAUGAAAAUAAUAUCAAAUUAACCUAAACUCAAAAAUAAGGUAUUCAUGGCUAAGCUACAUUGUAGCCUUAGCAAAGGGAAAUUAGAACAUGAUAAACUUAUCGAGAAUCACGGAGUGGUUGAUGGUAGACAUGAGGAUGAAUUCGAAAACUUCCAAAAAGCUCCAAAAUGGCUGGCGGCAGCAAGACUUCUCUUCAUAAGAAUUGGGUAUUUUCCGGUUGUAAAAAAUAUGGAUCUCCUCUAGGCAUGCAAAUGUUCUGGAUAUCUAGGCAUGCAAACGUUUUCGUUUAUUUAAUUUCUUUGUGUGUAGUGAUGUGUGAUGUAGUUUCUUGGCUUUAAUUAAUAUAAUGGUGUGGUUUCUUUCCCUGCUUAA